AUGAGUGACGAGACUGGCGCAGCUGGCCAGGCCGGCGAGCGGUUCGCCAUCGGUAUCUCCUUUGGAAACUCCAGCAGCUCCAUCGCUUUCACAGGCCCUGAAGGAAAAGCUGAAGUCAUUGCCAACGAAGAAGGAGAUCGUCAGAUUCCAUCCAUCCUGUCGUAUGUCGAAAGCGAGGAAUUCCAUGGAACACAGGCAAAGGCGCAACUUGUGCGCAACUCGAAAAACACUGUUGGAUUCUUCAGGGACUACCUGGGAAAGGACUUCAAAUCGAUAGACCCUACUCCUUCUCAUCAGUCUGCACACCCUCAGCAAGUUGACUCCACGGUUGCCUUUUCCAUCAACGACACCGAGUCCGAAACGCCCAGCACUGUCACCGUUUGUGAAAUCACAACCCGUCAUCUCCGCCGCCUGGAGAAGUCCGCCUCUGACUUCUUGGGUAAGAAAGUCAAUGCAGCAGUUAUUACUGUCCCAACAAACUUUUCCGACGCACAACGUGAGGCGCUCAUCGCGGCAGCCAAGAAUGCCGAUAUUGAGGUCCUGCAAUUAAUCCACGAGCCGGUUGCCGCUCUCUUGGCUUACGACGCCAGGCCUGAUGCAGUCAUCGAAGACAAACUCGUUGUCGUGGCUGAUUUUGGUGGAAUUCGCUCGGACGUUGCAGUCGUCGCCUCGCGUGGUGGAAUGUACACGGUCCUUGCUACCGUCCACGACUACGAGUUGGGAGGUGCGAACCUGGACCAGGUCGUCAUUGACCAUUUUGCCAAAGAAUUUAUCAAAAAGCACAAGGUGGACCCUCGUGGAGAUGCUCGUGGCUUGGCUAAAUUGAAGCUUGAGUGCGAGGCCACAAGGAAGGCCUUGAGUAUUGGAACCAACGCCACUUUGAGCAUCGAGAGUCUCGUUAGUGGUAUCGACUACGGCUCUACGAUCAACCGCACAAGAUACGAGCUCUUGUCCGGCAAAAUCUUUGCUCAAUUCACUGGCUUGAUUGAGUCUGCAGUCAAGAAGGCCGAGCUUGAUGUUUUGGAUAUCGAUGAGGUAAUUCUCGCUGGUGGUACUUCCCACACCCCCAAGCUCGCCCGUCUCCUGGAGAGUAUCUUCCCCGAAAAGACAAAGAUUCUUGCACCAUCCACGUCGCCAUCUGCCAUCAACCCGUCUGAACUUUCAGCCCGUGGUGCCGCCUAUCAGGCCUCUUUGAUCCAGGAAUUCGAGACAGAAGACAUUGAACAGUCAAUUCACCCAGUAGUCACCGCCACACCACACCUUAGCAAGACAAUCGGAGUGCAACUUGUAUCCGCAGACGAGAGUACUAUUUUCCGUCCGCUAGUCAAUGCCGAAACCGCCCUCCCAGCCCGUCGCGUUGCUCAGUACGCCGUCCCGAAAGCUGGAGGGGACGUCCUUGUGCGCAUCAGCGAAGGCGAGCGCGAGAUCAAGUCAAUUGCCGAGGUGGCCAUUAAGGGCGUCAAGGCCGGCGGUAAAGUCGAGGUCACUAUUAACAUCAACUCGGAUCUUGGUGUACAAAUCACUGCGCGCGAAGUUGGUGAAAAGGGUGGUGUGCGACUUGCUGUUGAAUCUCCAUCUGCUUAA